AUUGACUUAGGCAUCAAAGUGGUUUGCACGACCCCCUCCCGGGCUUACCUGUACGUUGCAGACUACCUCUCUCCAGUCGUUCGCUCGAGCUCCAACCUCCCUCACCCCCGUUCCCCUUCCCUCCUACCCCUUCGUGGGUAGUCUUGGUCGAAUCUUCCCGGAUCAAUAUCAUAUAUGAUAUCAUCAUCAUUUCAAUAAAAUGAAGCGCCACCUAUCUAUUUGCUUCAUCAAAAGCCUUCUUUUGCAAGAGUUCCCAUUUGUUCUUAUCACCUUCACGUUCAACUAGCUUUACACUUUUUCGACAUUCCCAAUAACAACACCAGAACCCUCCUCCAAUGGCACCAAUGGUGAUAUCUGAUAAGGACGAGAUGCGGAAAUGGUCAAGGUCCAUGCGAUCCCAAGGCAAGCUCAUCGCCCUCGUUCCCACCAUGGGCUUCCUUCACGAAGGCCACCUUUCUCUCGUCAGAGACGCUCACAACCACGCUGACCUCGUCGCCGUCUCAAUCUAUGUCAACCCUGGCCAGUUUUCCCCGACCGAGGACCUUUCCGCAUACCCUUCUGAUUUUCAAGGUGAUCUCCAAAAACUCAUGUCUGUUCCUGGUGGUGUUGAUGUUGUUUUCCACCCCCACAAUUUGUAUGAUUACGGUGGUGAUGGCGGUGAUGCUGUGGCGGAGUGUGGUGGUGAUGGGGUGGUGUCUUGUGUUGAUAGGAGGAGUGGUUUUGGGCAUGAAACUUGGGUUAGAGCUGAGAAGCUGGAGAAACCCCUUUGUGGGAAGAGUAGGCCUGUUUUCUUUAGAGGGGUUGCCACCAUUGUUACCAAGUUGUUUAAUAUUGUGGAGCCUGAUGUUGCUGUGUUUGGGAAGAAGGACUAUCAGCAAUGGAAAAUUAUUCAGAGAAUGGUUCGAGAUCUUGAUUUUUCCAUAAAAGUGAUAGGUUCUGAAGUAAUACGUGAGAAAGAUGGCCUAGCAAUGAGUUCCCGUAAUGUGUACCUAUCACCUGAAGAGAGGGAAAAGGCAGUAUCUAUAAAUAAAUCAUUGUUUAGAGCUAAAUCGGCAGCAGAAGAUGGACAGAUACAUUGUGAGAAAUUGAUAAACUUGGUCGUGCAAAGUAUCACCGAAGCUGGUGGAAGGAUUGAUUAUGCUGAGAUUGUUGAUCAAAAUAAUUUGGAGAAAGUGGAAUGGAUCAAGGGUCCUGUUGUCUUCUGUGUUUCUGCAUGGUUUGGGAAAGCCAGGCUUAUAGACAACAUAGAAAUCAACUUGUAAAUGGAAGUAAGAUUGAUCUAACCUUGUGAAUAAUCUCAGACAUGGACCAUAUGAUUAGUAGUUCUGGCAUUUCAUGGGGUAUAGACUUCAUUCUACAAGCCAUGAUAUGACUACUUGUAGAUGUAUUUUACUACCUCAUGAAAUUCUAGGAGCUGCUUCUAUUUGUUGGUGAUGGUAUAAUAUUUUGCAGAGCCACCACUCAAGAGGAAAACAAAAUUAGAGAAAUCUUGCUUAUGUAUCAAAGUGCCCCAGGUUUACUCAUUAAUCUAGAUAAAUCUGAGCUUUCUUUAGGCUGAUGUACGCCUAGAGAUAGACAAACAUAAUUCUGGUGCUGGAUAAAAUUAACGCAUUGGAUUCCCAUUUGAAAUAUCUUGGUCUCCCUAUUUUAUAGGAGGAUCCGAGCACAAGGUUUUUAUUUUGUUCUAGAGAAGGUUUUGAAGCUUAAAGGAUGAGAAAAAAAAUGUUCUAUUAACGGUCAAGUCUAUCCUUGCUUACAUAAUGAAUUGUUUCAUGCUUCCUUGGUCUCUUUGUGGUGAAAGGGAAACAAAAAUUGAUUGACUCAAAUAGGACAGUCUUUGCAGACCUAAACAUGAUAGAAGUUUAGGUUUCAAAAGCUUACAUAAUUUCAAUGUAGCAUUAUUUGCAAAACAGGGCUAGAGGAUCUAUCCUAAUUUGGUAAUGAUUAAGUAUCUUAAAUAUAACUAUCAACCUGCAAACCCUAACACCCCUGCAAGCAAAAAACUCAGAAAUUCCACUUUCAACCUCCCCUGCUGGGGGGCCUCCUCCUCCUCAUAGGAGGUCCGUUACCCACUUUAGGUGGAUUUCUUAUUUCCUAGUAAGAGUUGUUUUACCCUAUAAGGAGGAUUUUUAUUUCUUUUCACCUAAUGUUCUUUUUUUUCCUGCUCUCGCUACCAUCUUCCACCCUUCACCUAUCUACCAUAUUCUCUUAACUCUUUUUUUUUAUAGAUUUUAUUACCUCUUUCCACCCUCUUCCUUUCAACCUCUUAAUUGAACUUAGAUCUCAGUCUACCUCUUUAAAGCUUUGGUUUGGUGCGACUGAGCCGCCUGUUCUAUGAUUGGCCUUCUUCGUAACGACACCGGCAGUCCAUAAUUAUAGAAAUUCUGAAGAAAAAUGAAGGAUGUGGUACAAGAAAAUAUGAGCUAGAGGCAUAGUUUUUAUGCCAAUUCUGAUUGAAGAGGAUUUAUUAUGAUUUCUUUGUUUACCUAUGUUUUAAUGUUUUAUUGAGUUGUGAUAUUGGGAGCAGGCAUGUAUGCAUUGUAAUAUUUUAUUGUGAGCAUUGUGGUAUUUCUCUUUUAUACUAUUAUGUAUGAUUGGACUGUUCUAGUAUCUGUUAAUCUAAGUAUUAUUAUGAAAAAAAAUAGACAAAUACUUUCCUAAUA